GUAGGGUGGAAAGUUGGGCCAGAGACUGUGGAGUCUUUGGUGGAGAGAAGAUGGACCUUUGUUGGUUGCUUGUCACACUGGCUGUCUGUGGCCUCUGUCAGGCUCAGGAUUGCCCAGACGUGGAUGAAAAAGCUCUCCCGCCGCGACAAACUGUUGGCGUUUGUGAAUAUGAGAAACCAAUUAUAGUGACCGUGAACAGACAGGUGAAAGCCGUCAGACAAGAGCCCUACAAUGUUCCCUGUGGCAUCCAGAACACGGACUCCUGUGUGAUGCAUAGGUCGGUAUACUACCUGAAAACAACCCCCGUGGAAGAGCCCUCUACCGAGACGGUCCUCGAGUGUUGCCAAGGCUACACCGGCGAUCCAGGCACAGGUUGCACGCCUACUUGUACCAUCCCCUGCGCUAAUGGUGGAACUUGCACGACACCAGAAGAAUGUUCUUGCCCUGCAGGUUGGACAGGUGUAGACUGUAACACACCUUGCCCGACCAACACAUUUGGCGUUCAGUGUUCACAAAGGUGCACGUGUGAAAAUAACGGCAGGUGUAACCGGUUUACAGGAGAGUGUCAGUGUCCGCCGGGUUAUCAAGGGUUUCACUGUGAAGACGAAUGUGCAGAUGGUACUUAUGGUUUACGGUGCCAGUUUCUUUGUGAGUGUCACAACCUGGCAGCUUGCGAUGUCGUCACUGGGACAUGUUCUUGUGCAUCUGGCUUUCAGGGGCAAUUAUGCGAGGAAUAUUGCGACCAGGGUUCGUAUGGGCCUCAGUGUAGCAGGACUUGUCGUUGUCAGCCCGGUGCCUACUGCUAUGCCGAAGACGGGAGUUGCUCUUGCCCUCCUGGGUACACAGGGGACUUUUGUGAGAACGAGUGCAGCCAAGGGUUCUACGGUGUAAAUUGUCAGUCUCCAUGUAUGUGUGAAAACAAUGCUGCUUGUGACCACGUUGAUGGAAGGUGCACAUGUCCUCCAGGGUAUACUGGCUUGACAUGUAGAAGUAUCUGCUCUCCCGAUAUGUUUGGGCAGGACUGUCGCCAGCGAUGUACUUGUCAAAAUGGUGCUUGUCAUCAUGUAACUGGCGUUUGUUCUUGCUUCGACGGCUGGACGGGUGCCAAUUGCGACGCCCCAUGUAGAGCCAAUUACUAUGGCCGAAACUGCUUUGAAGAGUGCCAGUGCUUGAAUGGAGCAUCCUGCCACCACAUGACUGGGGUGUGUCAGUGUACAGCCGGCUGGGUAGGAACAUUCUGCCGAGAUCCAUGUCCACAAGGUAGGUUUGGCAUGGAUUGUACUUCGCCAUGUCGCUGUGACAACGAAGCUGCUUGUCAUCAUGUUGACGGAAGUUGUCGUUGUAGGCCGGGCUGGAAGGGGGCUGUCUGUAACGAGCCAUGUGCUAUGGGCUUUUACGGUCUAGAAUGCGCUGAGAGAUGUCAGUGUCGAAACGGGGCAGAGUGCAACCACAUUUCGGGAGCCUGUCGGUGCACUGCAGGUUGGCAGGGCCGGAACUGUGAAAGGCCAUGCUCCGAAGGUUUCUACGGACUGGGAUGUAACAGAGCAUGCCGGUGUCGAAAUGGUGCCGAUUGUAGUCACAUUGAUGGAGAGUGUUCUUGUACUCCUGGCUGGCAAGGACAGUAUUGCGACGCGCCCUGCAAUCCGGGUCGUUUUGGGUACGAAUGCAGAAUGGAUUGCCUUUGCCAAAACAAUGCUGCUUGUCACCACGUUAGCGGUUUAUGUACUUGUUCACCUGGAUUUACCGGUUCUACUUGCUCGGAUAUCUGUCCCAUGGGCUACUUUGGUCAGGAUUGUCGCAGUGAAUGUCAGUGUCAAAAUGGUGGCGCUUGCCAUCACGUAACGGGUGUAUGCAGCUGUACAGCGGGCUGGCUUGGGCUCACCUGCUCCGACCCCUGCCCACAAGGUAAAUAUGGAUUGGACUGCGGAGACAACUGCAUGUGUAAGAAUGAUGCACUUUGUAGCAACAUCGAUGGCAGCUGCAGCUGUGCGCCAGGAUGGCAGGGAACAAUAUGCGAUCAGCCCUGCGGUGCUCUUCGCUAUGGUACAAGAUGCGAGAAGAUCUGCAGGUGUCAAAACGGUGCCAUUUGUAAUCACAUUGAUGGAAUGUGCACAUGUACACCUGGAUGGCAGGGAGUGUUCUGCGAUGUACCGUGUGAUGACGGUUUUUAUGGCCACAACUGUGCUAAAGUAUGCCGCUGCGUAAACGGUGGUAUCUGCGAUACCGUGACAGGAGCUUGUACUUGUCCUCCCGGCUGGAGGCUAUUUUGUUCUGACCCGUGCGAGUCGGGCUUCUUCGGUCAAGACUGCAGUGGAGUCUGCAGGUGCCAGAACGGCGCAGAAUGUAGUCGGUUUGACGGAACUUGUACUUGUACGGCAGGUUGGUACGGUGCCUCUUGUGAUAGUCCAUGUCGGCCAGGGCUUUAUGGUCCCGGAUGUGAACAAAACUGCAGAUGCAGAAACGAAGCGACUUGUUCUCGUUUCGAUGGAAGUUGUUCUUGUGCUCCAGGAUGGACAGGACGGUUUUGUGAUACACCUUGUCGUGAGGGCUUCUAUGGUGCAGACUGUACCGAGGAAUGCACGUGUGUAAACAGCCUCUCUUGCUCACCCUUUGAUGGCACGUGCUCCUGUUCAGCUGGCUGGAAGGGCCAGAACUGCCAAGACCCGUGCGAUAAUGGCUGGUAUGGUCCGGGAUGCUCAUCGCCAUGCCAAUGUCGAAAUGGCGCGUCCUGCUCAAGAAUAGACGGCGAGUGUUUUUGCACAACAGGCUGGCAGGGGCGUUACUGUGAGGAUGAAUGUGAUAGAGGUACUUUCGGCCCAGGAUGUACUGAAACUUGCCAGUGUCAAAAUAACGCCCCAUGCAGUCGGUUUGACGGCACGUGCGAGUGUAGCCCUGGUUGGAUGGGUCUCCAAUGUAAUAUUGCAUGUCCUAGAGGAUUUUAUGGUGCCAAUUGCGAUCGUGAAUGUGGCUGUUCUAACGAAGCAUCCUGUGACAGGGUCACCGGUGAAUGUGUGUGUACUGCAGGCUGGACGGGUCGUUUCUGUGAUACGGCUUGUUCUAGAGGGCUCUACGGUCCAAAUUGCGAGAGCAACUGUUUGUGUGAAAAUGACGCUUCCUGCAAUCGCUUCGAUGGGACUUGUCAGUGUUCUGCUGGCUGGACUGGAAGGUUUUGCAACUUGGCAUGUGAGCGCGGAAGAUGGGGAGUGGCCUGCAGCGAGGCAUGUCAAUGUCAGAAUAAUGCAGCUUGUUCUCGAUUUGAUGGCUCCUGUUCUUGCUCUGCGGGAUGGAUGGGAAGAGCGUGUGACAUUCCUUGUAGACACGGUACUUAUGGCAUCAACUGCCAAGGCACCUGCUCGUGUAUGAAUGAAGCGUUCUGUUCACGGUUCAACGGUGCAUGUCUCUGUCCACCAGGAUUCAUGGGAUCUUCUUGUGAGCAACCCUGUCCAGAAGAUUUCUACGGUCUUCAAUGCAAGCUCCCCUGUACAUGCGCUAAUCGUGUAAGCUGCUCUCCAGUGGAUGGUAGUUGUAUCUGUCAAGCUGGAUGGAUGGGAGACCUGUGUGACACAGAAUGCCCCCAUUCACGAUGGGGUGUUGAUUGUUCUCAGUUUUGUUCCUGUAGUAACAAUGCUGGAUGUAACAGGUUUACCGGCGAGUGUGCUUGUGGAAGCGGUUGGACUGGUAAGGAUUGCAACAUCGAGUGCUCAGUAGGGUUUUAUGGAGUCAACUGUCUUCAACGGUGUAGUUGUGCUAACAAUGCACCUUGUUCUCGAUUUGACGGUUCUUGUAGUUGCGGACAAGGCUGGACUGGCCCUAACUGCAACGAGCCCUGUGAGGCUGGGUUCUUUGGAGAAAAUUGUCAGCACGCUUGUGGUUGCCAGAAUAGCGGGAGCUGCAAUAGGUUUGAUGGUUCAUGUAUUUGUCCCAGCGGUUGGGAAGGGACGUUUUGUAACCAGCCAUGUAUGGAGGGGUUCUAUGGCAGAAACUGUGAGAACCGAUGUGAAUGUCAGAAUGGUGCUUCAUGCAGCAGAUUUGAUGGGUCUUGCGAGUGUGACGCAGGUUGGACAGGAUUUGAAUGUGAUCAACCUUGCGGGGACGGAAGGUGGGGACCGGGCUGCAUGCAGCGUUGCUACUGUCGGAACGACGCCACUUGUUCUAGGUUUGACGGGGUAUGUUCGUGUACUACAGGAUGGAUGGGGCGGUACUGUCAUCUGCCAUGUACCCAGGGAAGACAUGGUCCAGGUUGCACAGCACUGUGCCAGUGCAGGAACGGCGCCCUGUGUGAUAGGUUCACUGGACGAUGCAUGUGCACUUCCGGCUGGAAAGGUGUCUUGUGUGACAUUGAGUGCGACGAGGGCACGUACGGUACCAACUGUGCCCAAACCUGUCGAUGUGAGAACGGCGCCCGGUGCCACCGCGAAACAGGAGCGUGUUCGUGUUCUCCCGGUUGGCAAGGAGAAUUUUGCAAUGAACCUUGCGUCGGUGAUAGAUUUGGUCUGGAUUGUCAAGAUCAGUGCGACUGCCGCAACGGUGGACUCUGCGACGCGAUCACUGGGGCUUGCAACUGUCCAGCGGGUUGGUAUGGGUUGACAUGUGAACAAAGAUGUCCUCCGAUGAGAUACGGUCCAGGAUGCUCUCAGAUCUGUCGAUGCUUGAAUGAAGCAACUUGCGACCCGUCGACGGGCAGGUGCGAAUGCCUGUCGGGUUGGAUGGGUACUCGUUGUGAUGUCCCAUGUCAGCAAGGCAGAUUUGGUAUUGAUUGUCUGCAGCAAUGCGACUGUGAAAAUGACGCCCAGUGUUCUAGAUUCGACGGGACCUGUGUCUGUCCACCAGGCUUUGUAGGUCAACGGUGCGAACGGAGGUGUUCCGGAAAUACGUUUGGUCUGGAGUGCACUGCUGAGUGUCAGUGCCAAAAUGGUGGCAUAUGUUCAACGUUUGACGGAUCCUGCAUUUGCCAGAGUGGUUGGAUGGGUCAGUUGUGCCAAAUACCCUGUGAUGCAGGCUUCUAUGGACCGUACUGCAACAGUCCGUGUCGUUGCUUUAACGGUGCCACCUGCUCUCGGUUUGACGGAAGCUGUGCAUGCACAGACGGCUGGACGGGCUCCUCCUGUAAUAUCGCCUGUUCUGGCGGGCGCUACGGACAAGCGUGUGCACAGAGAUGCCAGUGUCAGAAUGGUGCUACAUGUCAUCACGUGACUGGUGCUUGCACGUGCACGCAAGGAUGGACUGGCCCAUUCUGCACACAAAGAGUUCAAGAAGAAGUCAUUGGAAUUGGUAAACGACAGACAGUAGCCGGGCGGGUUGUCACUUGCAAUCAGGCCAGCAUCUUCCCUCUGAACGGAUACCACUACUUCGAAUGUCUGGAUAUCCGCGUUGAUAACAACUUGAGAUUUCCCAACACCAUCACUUGUCGUAAUCUGUGGGUAGACCGAAUAAUCGACAGCACGAGUCCGGGCUACACGGAAAGAACGGAUCAUUUAGAUUUCUGCAUCCAUCUUCUCAAAGCUAACAAGUUGGACGGUCGAUUUGAAGACAGAGACGUAUCGAUCGAGGCUCGAUAUACAUGUUCGAGGACUCGUGAAACCCGGAUCCAAUGGCUGUACAGCAGCUGGCGAUAUGGCGGUUCACAAGAUGCCGGCUACACGCAGGAUCUACGAUGCAAAGUGCCAUUAGGGAAACUCGAACUUCCCUAAAACUAUUUAGCUUACCACAGUUUACUAUUUUAUAUAAAAAACUACAUAAUUACAUUAUAUAAAAAAACAUUUUAAAUAAUGUAAUUAAAGAUGUACUGUCCGAGUAAAUUUCGAGUUUCAGCCAGAACAGUUUUUGUUUUCAAAUUGUGUUGCUUUUAUUAUUUUAUUCUUCUUUUGCAAUAAAGGAGUUAUCCACUUCUUUAAAAUAACCAUCCAAGCUUUCAUAACUAUAGAAAUUUUUGUAACUUCAGAAAGUGAAUUUAUUUGUGGCACUGAUGUCGCCCGAGAAAACUUGCUCCCGCCCUUUUUGUAUUCGGUGUUAGGGAUCAAGAACCAGUCUACUCGCAGAGUGGAUCUGUUUGUGCCAUAAAGAAAUCCGACAUAAUGCCUUUUAAUAGUUUCAGAAGGCUGUAGGCGUUAAAAAGAGAAUUGUUACAAUAUAAACAUACAAGUUAAAAUGUGUCACGGAAAAAGCGUCGAAUUCGAAGAAGAGCACGGACAGUACAUCUUUAAUGAACUCCAGCACAAACUGAACCUCUCUCAUGGUAAUUAACGUAUAUGCUUAAUGGUUACUUCUGAGUAGUUAUAGUUUGGUUCAUUUUUCAUUCUUGCAUGUUUUCAUUCUAGCAAUUUGACAAGAUACGGAACAUGUGGAAGUUUCAACAAUAUUUACAAUCAAGGAAUCAAGUACAGUUAAGGACCCGUGAUAGUAACAUUACGCUAAUUGGAAGAAGUGAAUUAAUAAUACACUAAGAUUAUUAUUCAACUUUGUGUAUCCAAUUGCUGCAUUUAGAGGCUUGUGUCUGGUCGGAUCUACCGUAAAAAAAGUUAAUUAGGUCGACUGAGGGAAAGUUAUGCGGUUCGGAAUGAUUGGCCAAUACAUGACAACUUUUUUUUGACCAUGCCCGUGCAGAUAAUAAUUAUCUUGACAUAGGCUUACUGGGUUAAAAAAAAAGUCUGCCACUUCUGCUGGUCUCAUGUAGGAGAGCGGCACCAUGCGCUCACUUUUGCAGGCAGCUUCAUGCUCCUAAUCAAUUUUGGAACAACUUCAGGAAGUUAAGGAUACCAAAUAAUCAGUACCGGUACCCAUUUCUUUUCAGUCGGCUAGUGCUCCAAAGUUUCGUCGCAGAUCUUGGGAUUGGGGGGGGGGGGGGGGUUGACAUUGACGAUUCCGUCUACACAAUGUACAUUGUACAUGUAGUUCACGGAGUCCACGAUUAUAAUGCUACAGAAGGUGAUUAGGUCAUAAUUAAAAACCAUCUCAAGAAUCAACAGUCUUCAGCAUUUUAGAUGUACACGUAACAUUUCUUAAGCCGUAAGGGGUCUAUAAUUCAUGUAUCUACAGUGAAUGACGCCACAUAAGAAGAAGUUUUACUACAGCGAGAUAGCUUUCUUUCUCAAAAUGAUACAGAAAUCUAAGUUUAUAAGUUACAGUUAAAUAAGGUGAACCUGGCUGUUGUAGAAAUUGAUGUAUCCAAUGCAGUUUGGUUUGAGAGACCCUCGUGUUUUUUUGCUUCUGUUUCAGAAUACUAUAGCCUAUUCAUGAAAACACUUGAAUAUUAUACAAUAUAAUUUUUGUUUGUUUUAUAAUAUGUCAAGAUGGAUCGAUCAAACUCCAUGCAGCUAUUGUUUUUGUGAGGAAAAAAAAAAGUUAAAAAAACACCUCAAUUUUUACCCCUUACAUCAUCAAAAGUGUGUCAAUCUAGAUUUGUCGGUUUUUAAACCGGUUCAUGACAAAACAACCAAGAAAGGCAACAACCAAAAAUAGCACGUUCAUCUCUUGAAAUAUGUCGAAUUAGUUUUUGUUGGAUAUUGGCAAAACAAAACUAUAAAAUAAAAUACAGUUAUUACAUCAAGAAGAUUAUUGUCAUUUGACAAAUAAAUUGAUAAAGAAAAAUUGAAACUGGUAAACUGCACGAGGUCUGCCUUGUUGUGAUAUUUGGCUUUUCUUGCAACGCCAGGCUGUCCAUUACUUUUACCGACUGAAUUUAAUUGAUGAAAAACUUUAAAAAUUAGUCGUUCAACCAUUUAAUAAUUCAAUUCAUUUCAUUUGAGUGGCAAAUAACAGACUGUACUUGAGGCUACAUUAUAUUUGAACAACACUCACAUUUAGAUUCAGAUUUAACUACCGGAGUACUCUCCCUUAUUAAAAUACAAAACUCGUCGUUGCAUCAUAUCGAAAAAAGUAUGAAUAUUGAGAUAUUAUUGUUUAAACAAAGUUUGCUUUGUCAACCGCUGUCGUUGGGGGAGUUGUUGUUGAUUUCCGUGACUUUGGACCCCGGAAAAUAAAUCACGACUUUUCCUUUGUGGGAUAUGAAGAAGAAAGAUCGGAAUGAAAUAACCCCUUGACGAUACGGUGGAACUUUGAAGCAAACUUAAUUAUAUUAUACAGUUUAUGGUAUUAUUUUGUGAGCUACAUGACUUACGCUUACAAAUUACGCUACUCGUUAUAAUAAAAGUCGACAAGUGAAACAAACAUUAUUACAUGUUGUAAAGGAGUUACAGAGUAUUUAUAAACCCAACGUGGUUUAAAGAUUAUUAUAAUCAUCUUGUUUGCUUACGGCCAUUUUAUUUUGUGAAUAGUUGUUCAAACCUCACUUCAACAACGAGUGAAGAUUCACGUCUUUAGAUUUCUUAUUUUAUGAAUGUUGAUUCACAUCGAAUUAAACAUUACAGUUUGUUCAAGUUUAAAA